UCGCUUCCCUCAUCCCCUCUCACACGACAAAUCCCUCAUCCGCUGUUGCCGCCUCUGCUUCGAUGCCGAAUCCUCCCAUCCCUCUGCUUCGCUCUUUUGCGCCGGUCUCCUACGACCACCUCGAUGGCGGAGCAGAUGCGAGGAGGAGGAGGAGGAGUUACUGCCGCCUCGAUGAUGUCCUCUUCUGCCGAUGGCUGCGACUAGAACGACCUCUGGUUCGUCUUCUCUUUUGGCCAUGCGGCAUUGGUGGUUGGAGUAAAGGACUCGCCAGCCAUGGCGGCUAGGCCUACGAUCCUACGUAUGGCCCAUGGGAGUGGACUCCUGUCCGCCCUCUCCAAGUGCAAUCCCGCCAUGGGCAGCAGAGCAGAUCACACUACCUCCCUUAUGUUGGAAGAGGAGGAGGAGGCGUAAAGCACAAACCUGUAAGGCCUGGAAUGUCGGUAGCCAAUUCUCUUAUACUUCAAGUCAGAAAGAGACCACCACCAUUGCCGCCACCUUCUCUUCUACUCUUGGAAGCCAAGCCAGGUUCUUGCUCUUGGGAACACACAGGAACCCCUCUCGAUGGAUUUUUCCUGCAAAGCAACCUCCUGCCUCCUCUCUUGGUUUAUAUUGGAUCGCUAAGCUCCCAUGGUUUAACACAUAGCUUGUAGCUUGAUUCGCAGAUCAAAUUUCUUGCUGAGGUGAAUGGGGAGAACAUUGGGCUUCUUCUCGAUUUUGGUGCUGCUCAUCUUGAUAAUAAGUGCCAGUUCCAGUGAUGACCAGAGAUUCACGACUGACAAGAUUCACUUCUGGUUUAAUGGAGAUGGAGAACAAGAGCAAGAAAGAGCCGGAGGGCUCAGCGACGAAGCAGAUUCGAUUCUGAUGCUGGAAAGGGGAGGGGUGGCGCGCGUCCCUGUGAAUGUCCAUAGCUUUGGUGCAGUUGGCGAUGGUGUAGCAGACGACACCAUGGCGUUCCGAAAUGCUUGGUAUAAGGCAUGCUCUUUGAAGAAUGCAGUUCUUCUAGUGCCUGAGCGGCAUCGUUAUAAGGUUAAUGCCACUAACUUCAGAGGGCCCUGUCAACGGCACCUAAUUGUCCAGGUGAAAGGGACAAUAGUAGCACCGGAUGACCCAAAGGAUUGGGAUCCCAAGUACCCAAGUACGUGGCUAUCUUUCUCAAACCUAAACGGGGUCAGGUUCCAGGGUGGUGGGGUAAUCGAUGGUUCCGGUAGCAAAUGGUGGGCUGCUUCCUGCAAGAUCGAUAGAACCAAUCCAUGCAAAGAGGCACCAACGGCACUUACAAUUGAUUCAAGCACCAAGAUAAGAGUGAAAGGCCUCACUAUCCAGUUCGCUCAGCAGAUGCAUUUCGUGAUAUAUCGUUCAGAUGUUGUACGAGUAUCUGGAGUGCGCAUAUUGGCCCCAAAAGAUAGCCCAAACACAGAUGGCAUUCACAUUGGUGAGUCAACCGAUGUUGCCAUCCAGAAUUGCCACAUUGGAACAGGGGAUGAUUGUGUUUCAAUUGUGAAUGCUAGUUCAAAUAUCAAGAUGAAGAAAAUUAUGUGUGGGCCAGGGCAUGGAAUCAGUAUAGGGAGCCUAGGAAAGGAUAAGUCAACAGGCAUUGUUACAGGUGUUGUCUUGGACACUGCAACAAUCUCUGGCACUAAAAAUGGUUUAAGAAUCAAAACCUGGCAAGGUGGAUCAGGAUAUGUUAAGUCAGUGCGCUUUGAGAAUGUGAAGAUGAAUGAUGUUGAGAACCCGAUCAUCAUAGACCAGUUUUACUGUGAUUCCCCAGCCACUUGCAAGAACCAAACAUCAGCAGUGAAGAUAAGCCAAGUCAUCUUCAGGAAUAUAAAUGGCACCUCAAGAACUCCUCACGCAAUGAAAUUUGCAUGCAGUGACACUGUACCAUGCAGCAACAUUGUCCUGAACAACAUUAACCUCGAGACGGAAAACGGCACAGCUAAAACCUUCUGCAAUUGCGCCAUGGGAUUCCACUACGGAAUUGUGCAGCCUACGGCGGAUUGCCUCAAGUCCUCCAGCUGUGGCGGAAUCCAGGAAGAUGCCCAAAGGCAAACUCAUGAUCCUACCCACACAGAGCUAUGAUUCCUCUCCUCAAAGAAGCCAUCACAAACAAGUGAUGGCAAAGUGCCAGAAGAUAAGGCUAGUGCUGCUGGGGUUAUUGAAGAUGUGUUCAUGUCUACUUUUUAAAGAUGGAUAAUUUACUUGGGUGGCUAAACUUGAAUUGUUGAAAGUGAAUACUAUGUAGCUUUGUACCUAUAGAACACUAAAAAAUAUUCUUUAUGAUCUUACAAUAAUCAAUUUCUC